AUGAGCACAUUUGCGUCUACGGCAUUCCGCCGUGCAGCACAAGCAAGCCGCGCGCCGUACUGGCAAGCCCGUACCGCCCGAUUCACAAAGCAACAAGUCCGCUCCAUUGGCGACCAUGGCACCAAGCCGCCGCUCCCUCCAGGCUCUCCUCAGCCCUCGAGGGUCGUCGCUCCCAAGACCCGCAUCGCCGUGGGCAUCGUCUUUGUCGGUGCCCUGAUCUACUCAAUGGCCACCGGAGACGUAGAGCACACCGAACCGCCAUCGAUUGCAGAGCGCGAUAGUCUCAGUAAGCGCGAAUCCGGCGUCACCCAGACGUCCCCCAUGCGUCUGAGAAUGGAACAAUUCAUAAAGCAAAAGCAGGAGGAGAUCGUCCGCGAGCUUGAGAAAGUCGACGGCACCCGCUUCCAAGUCGACAAGUGGGACCGCCCCAACGGCGGCGGCGGCAUCACCUGCGUCCUGCAAGACGGUGCCGUCUUCGAAAAGGGCGGUGUCAACACCAGCAUCGUCUACGGCACCCUGCCGCGCGCCGCCAUCAGCAAGAUGAGGGUCAACCACAAGGCCUUGGACCCGGAUGUCGAGAGUUUGGAAUUCUUUGCCGCCGGUCUGAGCAUGGUGCUGCACCCCCACAACCCCAUGGCUCCCACCGUGCACCUGAACUAUCGCUACUUUGAGACUGCAAAUGCCGACGGCUCGCCCAAUGCUUGGUGGUUCGGCGGAGGCACUGAUCUUACCCCUUCGUACUUGUUUGACGAAGAUGUCAUUCAUUUCCACCGCACAAUCAAAGAUGCUUGUGAUGCCCAUGACAAGGACUACUAUCAACGUUUCAAGGAGUGGUGCGACAAGUACUUUUAUGUUUCGCACCGCGGAGAGACUCGCGGUGUUGGAGGCAUCUUCUUUGAUGACCUCGACGAGACUGAGAAGGACCAAGAGUCCAUCUUUGCCUUUGCUCAGUCUUGUCUCGAUGCCUUCCUGCCUUCAUACAUCCCUAUCAUUGAGAAGAGAAAGGACAUGCCUUUUACGGACAAGGAGAAGGCCUGGCAACAACUGCGCAGGGGGCGCUAUGUCGAGUUCAACCUCGUACACGAUCGGGGAACCAGCUUCGGCCUGAACACACCCGGUGCCAGAGUUGAGAGUAUCCUGAUGAGCUUGCCUUUGACCGCACGCUGGCAAUACAUGCACGCCCCCGAGAAGGGCUCAAGGGAGGAGCGCAUGCUGAGCGUCCUCAAGGAGCCCAAGGAGUGGGUAUAG